AUAUAAAUUCUGUAGAUAAGUUGAGAUAAGUCAAUUCAAACAGAGCUUAAUAAUACUUAUUGACCAUGGAUUCCACGGUAACCAACCACACCCCCAAUGGAAUCCAUAGGCGUUCUCCUUGUAGCUAAAGUAAUUCCAUACUUAGAACAAGAACUCAACAAACGCUACAAUCUUUUCCGCAUAUGGGAUUAUCCACAAAUCUCCCAACUCUUAACUCAACACGCAACCUCCAUUCGUGCGGUGGUCGGACGCUCCAACGCCGGCGCCGAUUCUCACCUCAUUGAUGCACUGCCCAAUCUCGAAAUCAUUUCCAGUUCCAGUGUUGGUGUUGAUUUGAUCGACAUUAACAAAUGUAAGGAGAAAGGGAUUCGUGUUACGAAUACUCCUGAUGUGUUGACUGAUGAAGUUGCUGAUUUGGCUAUUGGUUUGAUUCUUACGCUUCUUAGGAAGAUUUGUGAAUCUAAUCGAUAUGUUAGAAGCGGUAAUUGGAAGUGUGGUGAUUAUAAGUUGACCAAUAAGUUCUCUGGGAAAACCGUUGGCAUUGUUGGGCUGGGAAGGAUUGGCACAGCAAUUGCCAAGAGAUCUGAAGCUUUUAAUUGUUCAAUAUGCUAUUAUUCUAGAACUCAAAAGCAGGAGUCAAAAUACAAAUACUAUCCAAGUGUUGUUGAGCUAGCAUCCAACUGUGAUAUACUAGUUGUUGCUUGCCCUCUUACAAAGGAAACCCAUCACAUCAUCAACCGGGAGGUCAUUAAUGCACUUGGUCCAAAGGGUUUCCUAGUUAACAUCGGCCGAGGUAAGCAUGUUGAUGAGCCAGAGCUCGUCUCUGCAUUGCUUGAAGGUCGUUUGGGUGGAGCUGGACUAGAUGUGUUUGAAAACGAACCUCAUGUUCCCGAAGAGCUAUUUGAGCUAGAAAAUGUUGUUUUGCUGCCUCAUGUAGGAAGUGGCACGGUAGAAACUCGAACUGUCAUGGCUGACCUUGUUCUUGGAAACCUGGAGGCUCAUUUCCUUGGAAAGCCACUGUUAACUCCCUUGGUUUAAUCUAUAUGCCUCUUUUGAACUAUCGACAUAAGAUUGAAUUUGAUGGAAUGGCCUCCAUUUAGUUUGAGCAUCGAUAAAUGAUUCUUGUGAUAUGGAAUUGAUGAUUUUAAGAGCUUCAAAUAUCUAUAUUGGGGCUUGAACAAUUGUUGUAAAGAAUAAGUCAGCUCAUCUUAAUAAUGUGACAUUUUAUUCUGAUUAUCAAUGAGAUUUGGCUGAACAUUCGCCAAGAAA